GGGGGGGGUCACAUUUUGUUUGAAAUGGACAACACCUUGGUGAAAGUUUAUUCGUCAUUAGAAAACAACUGUUUACUUCAUGAUGAAAAUAUCCGGAAUGCCCUCGUACGUGACGCGACGCCAUCAUCAAACAUGGCCGACAUAGAAAACACAAACAUGGAAGUCGAUAAGGAAAAGGAUAAUUCCUUUGCUAACAAAGUUGAUUCUACUCAAACCAUGGGCAACCAGAACAAUGUGGAGGGCAAGAAAAACGCCGACGAAGGCCUCGUCACAACGAAAUACUGCGAGCAGCUGCAGGCGUGGAUGUGGCAGUACUACACUGGAUAUGUGAACUGGCAGAGCUGGCUGGCAGCGUCAGCCAUGCCCUGCCCUUACCAUUUGCAGUCGGUAAACGGCACGUCAGUGGCACCUCUUGAUAUCAAUUCACAGAACUGGUAUAACGGUCCCUUUGGUCUUCCGUUAUCGUCGUAUCCGCCUGCUGUCACCACCCCAAACAGCCAGGCAGGCGAAGCAGCUGGCGGGGCUGCAGUGUCCGCUCAGCCGCCGCAGCAGCUGCCGCAGGAGAAUGGAAAUGCACAGAGAGCAGGUCGGGAGUACAGCAUACCUUCACCUCUCCAAAGACUCCUGGCUGAGAUGGUGGAUUUCUUAAUAUUGUUUUUCAUCAAAGCAACCAUAAUCAUCAGUAUUAUGCACCUGAGUGGAAUAAAGGAUGUUUCCAAGUUCGCCAUGCAUUUCAUAGUGGAGGAAAUAGAUGAGGACACGUCGAUGGAGGAGCUACAGAAAAUGAUGCUUGUAGCACUUGUGUACCGUAUAUUAGUGUGUUUUUAUGAGAUUAUAUGCAUUUGGGGAGCAGGAGGAGCCACUCCGGGGAAGUUUCUCAUUGGACUCAGAGUUGUUACAUGUGACUCAUCAGUUCUGGUUCAGCCUAACAGGGUGCUUGUGGUGCCAGCAACUAAUGUUUCGCUGUCUGCAUCAACUGUCCGAGCCUUGAACAAAAACUUUUCAAUUGCCUUCUUUUUCCCGGCUUUCAUCACACUUCUGUUCUUCCAGCAUAACAGGACUGUGUAUGAUAUGGUCGCUGGUACAAUUGUUGUUAAGCGCUCCAGGGUCAGAUGACGCAGAAGAGCCCAGAAGAGAGUGCUACACAAAUGGUCAGCAGGCACUGUGUGAUGUUUUUUUUUUUUUUGUAAAUGCCUGCAGAACUCUGCAGAACAUGCAGCACAUUAAGAUGGUUGCAGAGAGUUUGAUACACGUUAGUAUGAACUAUUACAUUUCCCUAAAACUUGGGUUUGGUUGUCUCAGACAGAUAGCGUAUUUCUGUCUGCAUAUCUAUAUGCCGCUUUCAGAAUCUGUUCCUGUGCCAAAUUGAGUUUUCCUUUGGAGACGGGAAAAUGGAUGGUCCAUGCUAUCUUUUCAUUAGCACAAUAUUUGCCUCUUUUUAAAAACUUCCCGAUUAAGGGUGAAUGUCUCGUAUUUCUCAGUAUUUAAGUCACUAAUCAUGUAUUAAUGAGAUUAUACCUCCAGUAUCUAUUUAUAUUAAAAACUAUCUUAAUAGCUGUAUGCUCAGACUUUUCAUUUGAGUUGUUGAUCUUCACUGAAGAAGUGACAUCCUCAGCUUGUUCAGCUGUUGGAGUACUUUGAAAGGCAGAUUUAAGUGUGUUAAAGGGAAAUGCAAACCUGACCACAAUUGCUCUUUCUUUACUCCAAACUCAGCAUGUAUGUGACUGAAAACAUUCAUGUAUGACACAUUUUAUGAUGAAUAGUUUUUUGCAUUGAAGAAGUUUAAAUGAUUUUUUUAAAAAUGCAGUAAUUCCCUCUGCAUGUUGGAGAUGUCUGUCUUUCAGCACUUUGUCUGCUUUUUGAUAAUUCCUACAGUGUUUUGAUACUAAUUAAAUGGCCUUAUUAGGUUAUGUGAACUUAAAA